AUGUCGGGGGACAGCAGAACCCUGCUCUGGCAGAGAGUGUCGCCCACCGGCCAGUCGGAUCCUCCCAACAAGUCCCCCACGAUGAUAGCGAGCAGGGAUAACACCCUGCAAGGGAAGAUCAUCAAAGUGUGUUUCCUUAGCAACAGCGCCAACCUGGGCAAGAACUUCAAACUGGUCCGGUGUGAAGAGGGCUGGACCGUCAAGAAUGUGAUCAACGUGGUGCUGUCCAGUGGCUGCGUGGGUCCGGAGAUCAAACACGGCCUGAGCUACGGCCUCCUUCUCAAACACCUGAAGUCUUCGGAGAUGCACUGGCUGCACCCGGACCUGACCGUGUCCGAACUCACCCAGCGUUACGAGCAGCAGCACCUGGAGGCCGAGUGGAGGUACGACCUGAGAAUCCGGUACAUCCCAUCAAACUUCGUGGAAGCUUUCCAGGAUGACAGAACCACCAUGCUCUACUUUUACCAACAGGUACGCAGUGAUUAUAUGCAACGUUAUGCCUCCAAAGUGAGUGAAGGGAUGGCCUUACAGCUUGGCUGUCUGGAAAUUAGGAGAUUCUACAAAGACAUGAAUCCUAAUGGCCUGGAGAAAAAGUCCAACUUUGAACUGCUGGAGAAGGAUGUAGGGCUGGACCUGUUCUUCCCCAGAGAGCUCAUAAACAGCAUAAGGCCCAAGCAGUUGAGGCGGCUGAUCCAACAGACGUUCCAGAGCUACUCAACAUUCCAGCAGGACCGCUGCAUGGAAAGGUUCUUCAGCACGCUGUCUCUGUGCUACACCUUCACUCACGAGAGCUUCGCUUGUCAGCUUGUGCACAGCUGGAAUCUAACCAUAGACCUGCUCAUCAGUGCAGAAGGGAUCAGUCAACAAACCGAGAACUCCGCCCCCAUCUGUCUGGCCAAGUUCUCUCAGGUACGAAGCAUCUCCAGUGCUGCAGAAAGUGACGGCCGCGCCCUUCUCACUGUGCACAUAGAGGGAGCCCAACAGCCUCUCGUGGUGAGCACUUCAUCUCUGGCUGUGGCAGAAAACAUGGCCGACCUGAUCGACGGCUACUGUCGCCUGGAAGGAUGCGCCAAGAAUUCCCUCAUGGUCCGACCCGGCAAAGGAAGGGACACAAAGCAAAAACUUCCUGACAUACCACAGAGGACAUUUAUAAUUUCUUCAGGAUCUGAUAUCUAUGCUGAGAUUCCUGAAAACACAGCACUUUAUGAUGAUAAACACGGGAUCUCCAGAGACGAUGUCAUCGUGGGCCGGAUCCUCGGAGAAGGAUUCUUUGGAGAAGUUCAUGAAGGAGUUUAUAAAAGCCCGAGCGGCGAAGGCAUCCGUGUGGCCAUCAAAACAUGCAAAGACUGCUCGGCUGACGUGAAGGAGAAGUUUCUCAGUGAAGCCGACCUAAUGAAGAACCUGGAUCACCCUCACAUCGUGCGUCUCGUCGGAGUCAUCGAGGUGGAUCCUGUCUGGAUCGUCAUGGAGCUGUACGAGCAUGGAGAGUUGGGGAGCUACAUCGUGGAACAUCAGUCCGUCUUGUCGACAGCAAAGUUAACUCAGUUCAGUCUCCAAAUCUGCAAAGCCUUGGCGUACCUGGAAGGCCUCAAUAUGGUGCACAGAGAUAUCGCUGUGAGAAACAUCCUGGUGGCCUCUCCUGAGAGUGUGAGGCUCGGUGACUUUGGCCUGUCUCGCUACAUCGACGAACAAGAAUACUAUAAAGCUUCACUCAGUCGAUUACCAAUCAAAUGGAUGGCCCCUGAAUCCAUCAAUUUUAGACGCUUCACCACGGCCAGCGAUGUCUGGAUGUUUGGUGUGUGUGUUUGGGAGAUCUUCUCCAUGGCUCAGCAGCCGUUCUUCUGGCUGGAGAAUGGGCAGGUGAUCAACCAGCUGGAGUCUGGAAUUCGCCUCUUCAAACCAGAGCGCUGUCCCCCCACCAUCUAUGCCCUGCUCACCUGCUGCUGGGCCUACGAGUCACAGGGACGCCCCACCUUCAGGAAACUUGUUUGCUCUUUCAGUGAGAUCCACAGGAUGGAGUUGGAGCAGGAGAAUGAUAUACGACGAGGAAGAUCCCACUCGGUCUCGUCCAUCUUUGACCCAAACUUCACCAAGCCUCCGCCUAAGCCGUCCAGGGGUUAUGCCCACACCCUCCACAAAACCAACAUCAGAGAGGGACCAGUGACGGUUGGAUGGUCCAUGUGGGAGAAAGAUCAAGUGGAGGACGCCUUGCAGAGACAGAGACAGGAGAUGCUGAUGGACAGGAAGUGGCUGGAGCAGGAGGAGAGACACCUGGACCCCGCAGUGCGACUAGACUCACAACCUGAGCCGCCUCCUGAGAAAUUCCCAGAAAGUGGACCUCCAGAGAAACUCCCGAUGCCCCCCUCAGCCUCACAGCCUCGGCCCACGGCCGAACUGGACCGGUCCGGUGAUGAGGUCUACACCGGCGUCAUGGCGAUGGUGAAGCAGGUGGUGCAGCUGAAGAAUGACGUCAACACUCUGCCCGCCUCCGAGUACCCCAGCACCGUUAAGGCGGUUGGAAUCACGCUCCGCAGCCUGAUCGAAAGAGUCGAUGAGAUCCUGCCCUCCCUGCACAGCUCCGUCACUACCGAGAUCGAGGGCACCAAGAAACUCCUGAACAAGGACUUGGGCGAGUUGAUCAGCAAGAUGCGCCUGGCCCAGCAGAACUCCGUCACGUCUCUGAAGGACGAGUGUCAGAAGCAGAUGUUGGCAGCUGCUCACACCCUGGCGCUGGACUCCAAGAACCUGCUGGAUGCCGUGGACCAGGCCCGAGUCAGGGCCAACCUGGCCAAACCUAAACCCAACUCGCAAGAGGCAGAAGAUUUGAGCCAAUGAGGAACGAUCGCGUCUUGUCGUCAAAAUGAAGAAUCUAAACUUUGUUUUUCU